CUUAUUAAUAUUAAUUGUUUUUAUUUUAUAUACAUAGAUAUAUAUAUAUAUAUAUAUAUAUAUAAUGUUGCAACGAAAGCCAAGGUCAAAGUUAUGAUCAAGCUCGAUUUGCAUGGAGUUGUGGCAUCAGAAGCCGCUACCAUUAUUGAAGAAGAGGUUGAGAUCCUGGUCACGAAGAAUGAAGUGCUUAAAGAUGGGUUCGGUGAGAAAGUAUUGUCUCUCCCAUUGACGCCAAGCCCGAACAUGUAGCCACAGCCAGUGCAAAUAACAAUUCAGCAGAGGGGGGAUGCUAAAAUGGUAACUAAGACACCAAAACAAGAAAUUGAGAAGAAGAAGUAGUAGAAGUGUGUAGAUGUACCUGUGUUCGAGGUCAUCCACGGUGGUCUUUCACAGCCUGAAUUGUCAAAGGCCAUUGAGAAAGAGAAUGAGAUGGCAUUGCAGGACCGCAUUAUGGAGACAAUGUAGAGCAAGAAUGCUGUCAAGGCUUACAUAUACGGCAUGAGAAAUAUGUUGUGCGACAAACUCCAAGAUUAUGUAACAGGUUAUGAACGUGAAGAAAUGUCGGUCAGGCUGCGAGAAACCGAAGAUUGGUUGUAUGAAGAUGGAGAUGAUGAAAUCAGAAAUUUUCACACUGCCAGGCUUGCGGAACUGAAGAAGCUUGGUGAUCCACUUGAGACUAGGCAAAGAGAAGAUAGCUCCAGUGAAGCUGCGCAAAUGAAGGACCUUAAGUUUGACCACGUUCAUGCUGCUGCGAAAGGAAAGGUAAUCAGCGACUGUUAUAAGGCAGAAGAGUGGUUGAAGGGCAAGAAGCGACAACACGAUGCAUUUCCCAAUGCUAACCCCGUUCUACUCGUUGCCGAGCUGAAGAAAAAGACUCAGAUCCUGGACAGAUUCUGCAAGCAAAUAAUGACCAAGGCAAGACCUGUGGCAUCCAAGCCUGCUCCCACUUCAGAACCGAAGCCUCCACGCAUUUAUGCCAAUCUGUAG